GAGACGCCUAUCGCCUUCGCAGCCCAUCAGCAGGCCCCUCUUACCCGCGGGCGGUGCAGCCCCGCCCCGCCCCUCCAACCGCGGUCCCGCCCCUCGGAGGGUAGGGGCCGUGUUGGUUACUAGCCGGGCUGGAGGCGGGGGCCCGGCUCUCACUGGGCUCGUGCGUUCUGCGCCCGCCGCGGCGGUGCCGAGCCCGCUGGCUCCCGAUUGUCCUCUGCGGCGGUGGCGGUCGCUGCCUCCUUGCCUCCGGGCCCGGGGCUGCAGGGGCCAGAGCGAGUGCGCCUCCUGCCCGCGGAGCGCGGCAGCCCAGAGCAGAAACGGCUUAUAAAAUAUACAGAUCUUGGUAGACAACGUGGCUGCAGGCUGUUGAAUUGGAAUUCCCUGUGGCUGUCUGAAGGCAGGGUGUCUGGAGAGCGGUGGGCUGACCUAUUCCUACACCUUGCAUCAUGCCAGCUUUGUCAACGGGAUCUGGGAGUGACACCGGUCUGUAUGAGCUGUUGGCUGCUCUGCCAGCCCAGCUGCAGCCACAUGUGGAUAGCCAGGAAGACCUGACCUUCCUCUGGGAUAUGUUUGGUGAAAAAAGCCUGCAUUCAUUGGUAAAGAUUCACGAAAAACUACACUACUAUGAGAAGCAGAGUCCGGUGCCCAUUCUCCAUGGUGCGGCGGCCUUGGCCGAUGAUCUGGCCGAAGAGCUUCAGAACAAGCCAUUAAACAGUGAGAUCAGAGAGCUGUUGAAACUACUGUCAAAACCCAAUGUGAAGGCUUUGCUCUCUGUACAUGAUACUGUGGCUCAGAAGAAUUACGACCCAGUGUUGCCUCCUAUGCCUGAAGAUAUUGACGAUGAGGAAGACUCAGUAAAAAUAAUCCGUCUGGUCAAAAGUAGAGAACCACUGGGAGCUACCAUUAAGAAGGAUGAGCAGACCGGGGCGAUCAUUGUGGCCAGAAUCAUGAGAGGAGGAGCUGCAGAUAGAAGUGGUCUUAUUCAUGUUGGUGAUGAACUUAGGGAAGUCAACGGGAUACCAGUGGAGGAUAAAAGGCCUGAGGAAAUAAUACAGAUUUUGGCUCAGUCUCAGGGAGCAAUUACAUUUAAGAUUAUACCCGGCAGCAAAGAGGAGACACCAUCAAAAGAAGGCAAGAUGUUUAUCAAAGCCCUCUUUGACUAUAAUCCUAAUGAGGAUAAGGCAAUUCCAUGUAAGGAAGCUGGGCUUUCUUUCAAAAAGGGAGAUAUUCUUCAGAUUAUGAGCCAAGAUGAUGCAACUUGGUGGCAAGCGAAACACGAAGCUGAUGCCAACCCCAGGGCAGGCUUGAUCCCCUCAAAGCAUUUCCAGGAAAGGAGAUUGGCUUUGAGACGACCAGAAAUAUUGGUUCAGCCCCUGAAAGUUUCCAACAGGAAAUCAUCUGGUUUUAGAAGAAGUUUUCGUCUUAGUAGAAAAGAUAAGAAAACAAAUAAAUCCAUGUAUGAAUGCAAGAAGAGUGAUCAGUACGACACAGCUGACGUACCCACAUACGAAGAAGUGACACCGUAUCGGCGACAAACUAAUGAAAAAUACAGACUCGUUGUCUUGGUUGGUCCCGUGGGAGUAGGGCUGAACGAACUGAAACGAAAGCUGCUGAUCAGUGACACCCAGCACUAUGGCGUGACAGUGCCCCAUACCACCAGAGCAAGAAGAAGCCAGGAGAGUGAUGGUGUUGAAUACAUUUUCAUUUCCAAGCAUUUGUUUGAGACAGAUGUACAAAAUAACAAGUUUAUUGAAUAUGGAGAAUAUAAAAACAACUACUACGGCACAAGUAUAGACUCAGUUCGGUCUGUCCUUGCUAAAAACAAAGUUUGUUUGUUGGAUGUUCAGCCUCAUACAGUGAAGCAUUUAAGGACACUAGAAUUUAAGCCCUAUGUGAUAUUUAUAAAGCCUCCAUCAAUAGAGCGUUUGAGAGAAACAAGAAAAAAUGCAAAGAUUAUUUCAAGCAGAGAUGACCAAGGUGCUGCAAAGCCCUUCACAGAAGAAGAUUUUCAAGAAAUGAUUAAAUCUGCACAGAUAAUGGAAAGUCAAUAUGGUCAUCUUUUUGACAAAAUUAUAAUAAAUGAUGACCUCACUGUGGCAUUCAGUGAGCUCAAAACAACUUUUGACAAAUUAGAGACAGAGACCCAUUGGGUGCCAGUGAGCUGGUUACAUUCAUAACCAAGAGAAAUUUCCAUAAUCGUCUUUUUCUAUAGAGUGCAUGAUGAAAUCAGUUACAGUUUUGGUAGUAGGGUUUUUAAAUCUAUAUCACUGUCAUAGAUGUACAAUCUUGGUUCAAGUUGAAUGCUGGUUUUGUUUGUAUCUUUUUACAGCCUUAUUUCAAACACCAUGUGUUAGUAUAAGAUCCGAAAUCAAAAUAUGCACAGUACUGUAUUCUAAGCAAAACCUCAAACCUUCUCGUCGUCUUUAAUACAGCUCUAUCUCCAAGAUGAGGCUGAAAUUUUCAGAGAGACUUAGCUAGAGGCUUAGUAUGUAUUGGAGUUCAGUGCUUCUGCUGGUCUCAGGUGUGGCUGCUGCUGUCGAGUUUGAAUGUUAGCUGUUGAACGUAUCGAUUCAGCAGCCAUGAGCAGCUCCAGACAGACAGGUGAGCUUUGCUGUUUCUGGGUGGAUCAUCACAGAUUUAGCCGGGCAGGCAGUAAGGUGUCCUCUUACUAUUCAAAAAGUGUAGACUUUCUUACAUAUUCGCAAUACGUUCACAGUGUGUGCGUUUUAAAAUAAUUCUUAAAGGAGUAACUGAAAUUUUACCUUGAGUGAAUGGCCUUCAUAAUAUAGCUUGAGAAGUCCUUUUGAGUACCUGUCAGUGACUCAACAACAUUUAAUAAGGGAAAGUAGACUUUUAACAGUUAUUAUAUAUGUAACGAAAAGCCUUUCCUUUGGGAUUAAUAUUAGUAAGAAUGGUAGCCUUGUGGCAAGAAAUGAUUACAAAGGAUAUUUUUAUUUGUAAAUCCUCAGAAGACAAUUUAUGAAGUCACCCAAAAUGUUAUUUUAGCUGGUUUUGGAUUUUUCCAAUAAAUUAGUAGAAGGAUUUCUAUUCUAAAACAUGUAAAACCUGUUUUACAUAUGACUGAUACAAUUAAAGAUUAUUUUUCAUCUAUGUGCAAUAGAUCACCCCUCUUUAAAUUGCUCUAAGAUAUAUUUUAGAAAACUUUUCAUGUGAUGUUAUUUCUUUGUCAUCAAAAUGCUUGUUAACACUGUCCAGACACCAUCCUAACCUUGCCAUUGUUAAAGAAGUUUAGGAAAGACUCUUAUAUUGUAAAUAUUUAGAUGGGUUCUCUCACUUUUCUUUGAUACUACUGAUUUUCAGCAAGUGAAUUAUAUAAUUCAAAAUGCUAGAAAUGUCUAUCCGUUCUAUAAGAGAGCAUAUCCUGCCAUUCUUGCAUGCAGUGAAGCCCUGCCCGUCGAAAAUCAUUGCAUCUGUGACUUUCAAAGUGGAAAAAAAAAUGUUAUUUUUUUGUUGAUUUGCAAAGAGAGUUUAAAUGUCAUGUGAAAAAAAAUAGAAUGUAAAAUUUUAUAUAUUUAUGAAAUAUUUGAAAGGCAUAUUUUUUUAAAUAUCAAAUGGGGCUAUUCAUAAAAUAAAUUGAUUGUAUGUCAAGAUGUCCUAAUUUAAAAGAGUAGUUUUGUAAAUCAUGGUCAACAUUCCAUGUAAAUAUUUGAGCUUUACAAAGAUAGAUCCAAGUGCGCGAUCUGUGCACUGCACAUUUGAUAGCAUUAUUCACUGGUUUUCCUUCAUACUUGUCAAGUUCAUAUUAGAAGCAGAGACAAAAACCACUCCAAUGGCCUUGACACACAGUCACACCAAAAUAGAUAAUGACACUAAGUAUUAUAUAACAACAUGAUCCAGACAGUGAGUUCUAAGUAUAUUAAUUAAAUAGCAAGAAAUUUUGUUUUUAAAAAAUGAAAGAGGGAGGGUUGCCAAUCUGAAGUCUUAAGUAGAUUGGGUAGCAUAUUUCCUUCUUUGAACAUUGUCUGAAAUUUUCUAUAAAUCAAGACUUCUGGUACAAAGAAUGAUGGGACAUAUGUAAUAAUUCAGGCAAUCACCUGUGUAAUUUAGGCGGUCCAAAUUCUUUACCCUGAAAUACCCACAUUUAAAAAAAAUUGCAGAUAAUUGCUUCAGUUACUUACUUUGGGGACAGAGAUAUAGUGUAAAGUGGGAGAAACUGAGUCCUUUUUUGGUGGUGGUAAUAAUAAGAUGUUAUAAAAAUAUAACGUUUUAAAAAAGAAAGGUCCAGACCUUAAGCGCAGAGCUAGAACAAUAUUUUUUAAAUAAUGGGGGGAAAAGGGGGCACUUUGGUAAUUUUAGAAAUCAGGUAGUAUACUUUUUUUUUUUUUUGAGACAGGGUCUUGCCAUGUUGCUCAGGCUGGUCUUGAACUCCUGGGCUCAAGCAAUCCUCCCGCCUUGGCCUCCCAAAGUGCUGGGAUUACAGGCAUGAUCCACCGUGCCCAGCCAGUAGACAUGGUCUUAAAAACAGUGUUUACAUGGCCAUCUUGAUGCUUAGAAAGAUAAUUGAUUAAAAUUUAAUAAGGCAGGGCCAACUCCGAGAGUUCAUUGACAACGGCAGCAAAAAGGCCCUGAAUUCUGUACUUUCUUCCCCCAGCCUCCUUCUCCAGCAAGGAGAAUAGCACUCCUCCCUCCAGAAGCCAGCUCCCUAAGUUGGAGCCACUAUGUAAGAGAAGAGGAAUGUUCACUUUUUAGAAUUCAUAUAUUUAAAAUUCAAGACCAAAAAGUAAAUUCUGUACUCCUAUUAUUGACUAUAGUCAAUUAAACAUAAAAAGGUGAAAUUAAAAUUUAAUUUUUUACCCUUAUUUUACUGACCAAUAUGGAAGUUCUUGGUAUCUUUAAGGCUGGCCUUCCUGGUAUUGUGUAAUGAUUAAAUGCAUCUAACCUGUAAUAAUUUGAAACUGACAAACAUAACCUUCUCAGACUUACAAAACUAUGUUCUUUCUAAAGAUACAGAUUUUUAUUAUUUAUUUUAUUUUGACUAGGAAGGAUUUAUAAAUAAAUGUAAUGAAAAAUCUUUGAUCUUAAUAAAGUACCUUCAAACAAUGUGUGUACUUACUUGAAAAUUGUUUUUGCACUUGGAUAUUCUAUUUUAUUAUACUACUAUUGUGAUCUAUUCCAUUAUACUAUUUCCCAUGGUAGAACAAAUUCUAUUUUCUACUGUGAUAUGAAGUGAUGUAAUUGAACUUGCCAUGUCUAAAAUUAAAUUUCAUAUUUUUUUCAAUCAAACACUGCUUUCAUCGAGGCUGUUGGAGAGAUGGAAUUCACUAGUGUUGUUCUUACCCAUACAUUCCAGCAAUUUAAAAAUGUGGAGAACCUUAGUGGGAAGGAAGAAUUAGGACCAUCAAUGAUGGGAACACACCUUCCCCACUCCCCACCUCCUCUCCCUCCUCCCCACUAGGAAUCAGUGUCACACAUAUCCUCUUCCUGAGCUCCAGUUAGGCGAAACUCAACUUUUUCAACUGUGCAUAUAGGAACAGAUUGUCAUCUGCUAUGCAAACUAGCUAGCAUUGGCCUUGCUUCAGUCCUCGAGCCAGUUAGCCCCAGCUGUGCAUCCAUAGAAAGGUUGCU